GAAUGAUAGAGUUGAAUAGAAGGCAAUAACUUAGCGUCAGUGACAAGUAUUUAUACCCAUAACAGCUUAUUAGACCCCUAUUAUUUUACUCUCUGUUGGUGAUUAUGAUGUUAUCAUCUACUAAUAAUAAUAGGGUGAUGAAGAUGGAAGAUGAAGAAGAAGAAGGAGAAGAAUGCAUGACUGGGCUUUCUCUUGCUCUGGCGGGAACAGUAGUGCCAAACAAUAAGAAGAACAAGCCUCUUAUGGUUUCCCUUCAUCAGAAAAAAUUCUGUUCUACUCAUCAGAGAAUCGACGAUGAUGGAGGACACCACCACCACCAUCACAACAACAAGAAACUCAGGCUUACAAAGGAGCAAUCAACCAUGCUUGAAAACAGCUUCAACCAGCAUACCACUCUUAAUUCAGCGCAGAAAAAAUCACUUGCUGAAGAAUUGAAUCUAAAGACAAGACAAAUUGAAGUUUGGUUUCAGAACAGAAGAGCUAGGACGAAGCUGAAACAGACGGAGGUGGAUUGUGAGUUGUUGAAGAAACGGUGCCAAAGUCUAACAGAUGAGAACCGAAGGUUGAAGAAGGAGUUGGAGGAAGUAACUGCUGCACUCAAAGCUACAACAACAACAACAUCGCCACCAUCAUUAUACAUUCAACACUCCAAAGCUUCACCAGCUACCACUCUCACUAUGUGUUCUUCAUGCCACAAACUGCUCCUUCCAAAUUCAAAUUAAACCCACUCAAUAAUAGAAUAGAUUAACUAUACCUAGCUAGGUCGGUGCUUCUCUUUUUUAGUUCGUUAUAAUUUACAAUGCAAGUUCAUCAAA